AUGUCAAGAAUCCCAAAAAGAUUUUACAAAAAGUAUAGUGAAAAGUUAUCAUUUCGCUAUAUACCAAAUCAUUCACAAUUUCAAUAUGGAUACUUAGGAAUUACCGAAUCCUAUGUAUCUGGUAUUUUAGAACUUCACUUUCCAUCAGACAAUCCAAUACAUGCCAAACAAAUUGAUAUCACUUUAAUAGGCAUGGAAUACGUUUGCUGGAAAGAAAAGCGUCAUAAAAAAACUAUAACUCAUGUAGUCAGAAAUCCAUUAAUCUCUCAAGGCAUAUGCGUUUGGAAUAGUCCUGAUGAUAACUAUCAACCUCUUACUGAAUUGCAAUUUCCUUUUCGAUUUGAAUUGCCUGAUAAUUUGCCCUCUUCUGUGAAUUUUUCUAGAGAGUUUUCGGAAAUUUUUUAUGACUUAAAAGCAACCAUCAAACAAGAAUCCAAUAUAUUGAAAUUUCGUGGUUCAACGAAAUCUAUUAUAAUUCGUUGUCCAAUAACCAGAUAUUCUUUACCUCCAACAAUUCCAACUCCAACACAAUUUUCAAAUUAUGAUGACCCCUCUGCUAUCUCUCGGGGAAUUGGAUUUUUUGUAUCAUUGGAGCAUUAUGUAUUUAGUGAAUUAAUUCCGAUUAGUAUUGAUUUUGGAUUACUUUUUCAUAAACCUGAUUUAGAAAUUAAAGAAAUAAUUUUAGGAGUAAAGCAAUAUGUUAGGUUAAUUGCAGGUAAAGAGAAAAGGUUAAAAAAUUAUAUUUUAAAAAGUGUUGUUAAAUACAAUGAAAUUAAAAAUAGGUUGGAUUCUAAUAAUGAAUAUAAAGCUAAUGUGAAAUUUGAAAUUCCUUCACGUUGUGACAAAAAAAAUUAUUCGGUUAAACAUAGCGUUGAUAUGAAUUAUAUUAAAGUUUCCCAUAAAAUUAAAUUCAAGGUAAAAUUUGGGAUUUUCGGAGGACGAUAUAUUAAUUGGGAAAAGGAUAUUAAAAUUGAAAAUAUGAUUACAGAAGAUUUAAUAUAA